AUGGGUAUAAGCGCUGCGCCUGAGCGCGGUGCAUUCUGCGAGUAUGCUGUGACCCGUGGUAAGAUGUGGACAAAGGUUCCAGAGUCUUGGAGCACUGAAGCAGCUGCAUCUCUACCUGUGGGAGUGAGCACCGCCGGAAUCGCCAUGAAGCUGCUUGGCUUGCCUCUGCCCGGUCAAGGAGCUGCGAAGCCUGCCUAUGUAUUGGUCUAUGGGGCCAGUACAGCAACUGCGACAAUUGCCAUGCAAAUGCUGAAACUUUCCGGUCUCGAUCCGAUUGCUAUUUGUUCCCCGAAGAAUUUCGACCUAGCGAAAAGAAACCAGGCAGUAGAAGUUUUCGAUCGCAAUGAUAAAGAGCUGGCGAAAAAGAUUAAAACAUACACGAAAGGGAACCUGAAAUAUGCCUUGGACUGCAUCACGACCGUCGAGUCUACCGCCUUUUGCUACGCUGCUAUCGGACGAGGCGGCGGCAAGUACGUGUCUCUUGACCCUUGGCAACAGCAUGCUGCGACUCGAAAAGUUGUCACCGCGGAUUUUACAGUCGGCCCUCGAAUCUUUGGGGAAGGAUGCACCUGGCCUGAGCCCUACAAGAGCGAUCCGUCGGAAGAACUGCGCGUCUUUGGGGUCUCUGUUUGGGAAACUGUAGAGAAGUUGAUCAACGAAGGAAACUUGCAACAUCAUCCGCUUCGUGUUUUAGAUGGUGGAUUCGAGGCAAUUCUGGCGGGGAUGGAAAUGAGAAAUACCUGUCCAUCCACAGCCGCGAUGGUCACAUCACUGAAAAGAUCGCCAACGCGGGCCAUCCUCUGCAUUCAUGGUGGCGGUGCUUCACCCGACAUAUUCCGUUUCCAACUCGCGGGUUUCCGUGCAGCUCUCAAAGAGGAUUUCGAGUUCGUGUUUGCCACCGCACCCCACGUUGCCGUCCCCGGCCCAGAUGUUCUUCCCUUCUUUGCCGGAAUGAAGUCGUUUUUCUCUUGGUUUCGCAAGGGCGCAACCGACACCGAAGGUGAAGUUGCCGUGUUCAACGAAGCCAUCAAAAUGGCAGUACAGGACUGGCAGCUGGAGAACGAGCACGUCAAAAUUGUUGGUGUCUUGGGCUUCUCGCAGGGCGGGCUAGCAAGUACAGUCUUGCUGUGGGAGCAGGAGGUGGGAUUGGUGCCGUGGCUCCCGCGAUUGGAGUUUGGAGUGUUGGUCUGUUGCGCUUAUAGUGAUGUCGCGACAGAUUAUAUCCGCAGCAAGUCAGAGGGCGGUGACAUUGCCAAGAUUUCGGUGCCUACAUUGCAUCUUCACGGCAGUCAGGACUGCAACUUAGGGCAGGCGAGAAACACUCUUGCAACGCAUUACUCCUCGAAGGCCGCUCAUGUUAUCAACUUUGAAGGAGGACAUCACAUUCCUCAGAAAAGAGAGGAUAUUAUCAAGAUGACGAACCACAUUCGACACCUUGGUAAAAAGGAUAUCAUGCACUAG